AUGAUAAAUCUAGCAAAAACCCUUGAUUCCCCUUAUUAAGAAGCCCAUUUAUUUUCAGUUUACUUUUAAGAGCACACACUAAUUGCAUACUAAACAAUUGAUGUUGAUGUAUAAAAAAUUUAUCAUGUGAUAAAAAUAUUUUCAAGAUCAUCUGAUACUAUGGAAGAAUAUAAAUUUGAAUAAGAUUAUUUAAAGUAUGAAGGUUUAGAAGUAGGAACGAUAUUUAGUUAUUCUGAAGAACUAUUAUAACUUUAACUAAAGGUUAACACAGAAGAUUAGAUGAAUACAGUUUAGAUUGACAAUAUUUUUUUAUAAAAAUAAAACGUCAAAUUUAUAUUUGGUGGAAGAAACAAUGAGUUAGAUUUAAUGGGAUUUUAAGGAUUUAUAUUUUUGGUUCUUAAUGAGACCUAUUAUACAAGAGUUUUUUACUUAUAUUCAUUUUAUUGUUAUGAAUCACGUAAAGACUUUUCAAUGCCAUACAUGGAAUAUUUAUCUACUAAUUUGAAUACAUUUAAUAUACCUGUUAAGAUACAUAAGGAAUAUUAAAUAUAAUUUUGGAAUAAAUUAGAAACAUAAAUAAAUUCUGAAAAUUUAAUUUAAGUUUUAGUUGUUGAUACAUAAAAUGAAAUUGAUCAAAAAUUAUCUUUAGGUAGGAAUACAAUGUAGGUAUAUUAUCACUUUUAAAGUGAUUCCGAUCUUGUAAUCUAUUGUAAAUAUUAUUCCUUUAAAUUUCCAUAUAACUAUUAUAAUGUCGAAUACAUAUAAUCAUUGAUUUAAUAAACAGAAAUAACACAUGUUGAUCCAAUAUUUAUUUAUAAUUGGCAUUUUAUUAAAAUAUAAUAUUAGAAUGAAAUGCUAAUUUUCUAAAUAUAUUUUCCAAAUUUUAAUGAAAAUGUGAUUGUUGAAAUAUAAAAUAUAAGAUAGUUCUCAUAGACUGUGAGUUAAAUAACAAUUAAUGCAAAAUCAGAUUAAGACUUAGAAAUUAAAGGUUAGAUUGCAUCUUUCAUUUUCAAUUCAUGUAUGUAAGAUUUUAGUAUUUUUUAACCUUGUCAUUUUUCAUGUUUUACAUGUAAUGGCCCUUUUUAAAAUAAUUGUUUAUCAUGUGAGGAGAAUUCAAAUCGUAUAUAUAAUGAAGAUGAAUCAACUUGCCUUUGUAAGCCUUGGACAUUGGAAUAAAACAAUGUUUAAUGUUAUGAUUUGCUCUAAGAUCCUUAUGUUUAAGUUUUGUAUGAAUAAACAUCAAAAAUCUAAGGUUAUGAUAAAAUAAAACCACAUAUCAUUUGUGCCUUUGGAUAUUUUUUGUAUGAUGGAGAAUGCAUUAGAUGGUAUUCAUUUUCUUAAUAUUAGUCCAUCAUAAUCAUAAAAUGGUUAUAUUAUAUGUAUUGAAUGUUUAUUGAAUUGGGAAACAUGGAUAUAUAAUAGUACUUGCAUUAAAUACUAAAUAAUUGAUAAGGGAUGGAAAGAGAUUUUAUAAUAAUCAGAUUAUAAUUUAGUUGAUUAAAUGCAAAAUUAUUUAUAUACAUAUAGCGAUGGUGAAUUAAAACUUUGUAAUUACUGUUUUGUUUUUUGCAUUCCUUAUGAAUUAAAUUUAAAUUGUUAUAAACUUAAUGUAAAUCACUUAGGGUAACCAGCGUAUGUUCAUUGCUUAUAUUAGUAUGAUGAAACAAAUUAAGUUUGUUUACCUAGAAAAUAGAUUGAUAUUUUUAAUUAUAACAAUUGUGGCUAUAAAUGUUUAGUAUGUGAAACAAAAACCAAAAUGUGUAUCUAAUGUAUAAAUAAGAAUGAUAUUUUAUUAUUAAAUAGAUAAGGUUGUUAAUAAUGUACAAUACCUAAUUGUAAAUAUUGCUUCUAAUAUCUUAAAGCAGAUGAAAUAGUAAUAUCUUCUUUGAUUAAUUAAGCUUUUAUAAGCACUCAAAUUUCUUAAUCUAUUGAAAUCCUUAAUGAAGAUUAUUUAAUAGGUUGUGCAUUAUGUGAAGAAAAUUUCAUUUAUAAUUUUUAAACUAUGAAAUGUGAAUUAAAACAGACUACAUAAGAUUAGUGUAUAGAUUAUUUUGUAAAUGACUAAGGUAAUAAGGUUUGUUUAACUACAUUAACAAAAGAUUUUACAUAAGGAUAUGAAUUAGCUGAUUGCACAGAUUAUAUUUAAAAGUGUCUCAAAUGUGUUUAAUCAAAUAGAAAAAAACUUUUUUGCACUUAAUGCUUAAAAGGAUAUUAUAUAAACAAUUUUGGUUAAUGUAACUAAUGUAAUUAAUAAUUUACUGAAUGUGUUCCUGAUUACAUUAUUACUAAUAAUAGUUACAUUACAUAAGUUUAACCAUUUCUUUAAGCCAUAUCAAAAAGAUUAGAAUUAGCUUUUAAUAAUUUCCAAUAUUUGGAUAUUUAUGGUAUUUGUAAAGGUAAUAUUGGAUAUUCUAAAUAUUGUUCUAUUGAAAUUAAAAUUCCUUAUUGUAUAUAAUAUUCAGAAGAUUCUUGCUCUGAGUGUUAAUCAUACGAUAACUCAAAAAUAAUAACUGAAUAUAAUGGCUACUGUUACAAAUGUCCUUAUUAAUGCCUAUAUUGUUAACCAAAGUCUUCUUCAGAUGAUUUGUUUUGUUUAAAGACUAAUUUUGAAUAAUUUUCUGUUGAUUAGUUUACAGGAAGGCCAAUACCAAAAUUAUAAAACUAUUUGAAAUAAGAAUAGCUUUUGAUUUACACUGAAUAUAACUAUUUAACACUUUAAAAAAUCGAUAGUGAUCUUAUUUUCUCAAAAGUGACUAUAAAUCUUUAUUUAGAUAUAGAAUAUUUUAUUAAUUUACUUGUUGAUAUACCAAUAAAAAAUAAUAUUUAUAGUCAAUAAUAUAUCAGUCAAUUGAUUAUUAAUUCAAAAUUAUAUGAAGAAAUGGUUUGUCCUUUCAAAUUAGAUAUAUUUUAUUUUGAUGAAAUAGUAAUUAAAGAUUUUUUGAUAUCAAUAAAUGAACGAUUUUGUGAGAAUAUUAUUUUAAUUACUUCAAAUAAUGGAACUAAACUAACAUUUUUAAAUAUCACAAUAACUUAAUAAUUAUAAGAGAAUAUAUAUAAAUAGUUAUUCAUUUGGAAUGAAAUCAAUUAUAUUGAAUUUAAUACUGUAAUAUUAGAUUCCAUUUAAAUAUCAAAUUUUUCAUUAUUUUAUAUUAAAUAGAACAAAACACAAAAUGGUUUUAGUGUAAGAUUUGAAAAUGUAAUAUUUAAAAAUUGUUACUUCUUUAAUACAAGUGUUAUAUAAGUAGAUCUUGUAAAUCCAAAUAUUGAAACAAAUUCUAUUCAAUUUAAUAAUUUCACACUAAUAAAUUGUACAUUUAAAUAAUCUAAAAUUAUUUAAAUUGUUGGAGAAUAGAAUAGAUUAAUAUUCUAAUACAUUAGAUUUUCUAAAAUCUCAUUUUUAAAAUGUUUAAUUGAAGAUUUUUAAUUCAUUGAAAAUUAUCUAACUAAUUAUUAAGUUUUUACAGAUAUAGAAAUUUUAAAUACUAAUUUCACUAACACAAAUGUAUUUAUGAUACAUAGCCCUGUCUAUUUUGAAAGUAUCUAAAUAUCCUCAACAAAAUUUAUAAAUUCUAGUUUAAUUUCAACCUAAUCUAAUUCAAGAUUGGAUUCAUAUUCUUUAAAAUUUUACAUUUCAUAACUAUUACUUAAUGAAAUAAUCUCAGAUAGUAAUAUAAUUAAAAUUUAACAUGAUUACUAUGAGGAUGUAUAAAUAUCAACUAUUAAAAUUACUCAAUUGAAUUAGAUUAAUAUUUUAAAUUAGAAUUAAUUUCUAUUUAUUAUUUAAGCAAAGUUUGUAUUAAUUUAAGAUUAUUUUUGCUCAAUAAUAGUCUAAUCAAGUUUUUAAAUGAAUAUUAUUAACUCUAAGUACAUAAAAGUUUAGAAUGUAAUAAUUUAUGGGUAGGAAUCAAUUUCUAGAAUAAGUCAUGAAAAAGAAUUGGAUUAUUAUCAAGCACCAACCUUGUAAAAUUUAAUUUACAUCCACAAUUCAACAGUUAUAACAUUACUUAAAUUCAAUAUAACCAAUUUAAAAAUAUAAAAUUCUAAUUUGAUUAAAUUAUAGGAUGAUUCAAAUAUUAUGGAAAUUUAAUUAAUUGAUUUUAAUAUUUAGAAUAUAAUUCUGGUUUAAGAAUUUGGAAUAUAUGAAACAUCUAUAAUUUAGUUUUAAUUAAGUAAGGCUUCAAAAGUAUUAUUUAAUAAUUUUUAUUUUGCAUUUCUCUUUGGUAAUAGUUAUGAGAAAAUUAGAAAAGCUUCUGAAUAAUUAUCUCUCAUAUCUUUUCUAUCAUUUUAAAGUGAAAUUUAACUUUCAAAUUUUGAAUUCUAAAAUACUAUUAUUAGUAACACAUCAAAUGCCCUUAUUUAUUUAGAAUCAAAAAAUAUUUUACUUUGCAAUUUUACAAGUAUCUUUACUAAUAUACAUGCUGAUUGGUUAUAUUAGUACAUAAAUAUGAUUUAUUCAAGUUCUUCAAUAAAAGUCUUAGAGUAAUUGUUUCCUAUUUAAUCAGAAGGUAGUAUUUUUAAUAUUUAAUCUCAAUACCUUACUCUUAUUAACAUAUCUUCUAAGUUUUCAAAAGCUAUUUAAGGAGGUUUUUGUAAGAUUGAAUUGGUUUUAGAUAGUGUAUUCAAUAUAAAAAAUGCAUCUAUAUCAGAUAGUAUUGCUAUAGGAGGUAAGGAGAGUAAAGGUGGAUCAUUCUAUGUAAUUGCAAAGGAUUCGAAUUUAAUUCUUAACUUUAUAGAUAUUAAAGUCAUUACAUCCUACAGUCUUUAUGAUGGUGGAUUCUUGUAUUUAAUCCCUUCAAAUACUUACAAUCGAAUAGAACUUAGAAAUAUUAUUGCUUAUAAUGUUAUAUCACUAUUUAAGGGUUUUUUUGGUAUUUAGUUUUCUCUUUAGACUUAAUAUAACUUUGUCAUUUUAAGUAAUAUUUUAGUUAAUGUAUCUUUUGAUGGAUAUUAUCAAAAUACAAAUGAAUUUCAGGAACUAAAUGAGAAUGAAAUAUCCUAUAUUAAUAAGGAUAAUGGAUAUUUUUAUCUUGAUUACUGGUAUUUACUAUUAUUUUUAAAUUAGCAAUCUUACAAUUUAUGAUAUCUAUAUGUAUUUUGAUAUAAUAAAUUAACCAGCCUUCUCUUUAACUAAAAUAGAAAAUAUGAAACUCUACAAUUUAUAUAUGGAAGUAGGAGAACUAUUGACUAGCUCAUUAAUUUAAUAUGAAUCAUAUCAAAGUAAUACAUACUUAUAAUUUGUAGAUUCCAGAACGAAAAUUUUAAAUAUAGCUCAUUUAACAUUAAGAUAGAGUAUAUUUAGAGUACCUUAAUUUUAUAAAGACCCUUGUUUAUAAAAUUUUAAAGAGGAAAUACUCCAAAUAGAUACAUAAUUAAUUAAUACAUUCUAAAUAAAGCAAGAAAAUUGUUUAAUAACACAAAUACUUCUUUAAAGUUCAGCUCCAGAUUAAUUAAUAUCAAUUCAAUUUUCAGAUGACUAAUAGAAAUUCUUUAUUCAAGAUGCAAUGAUUAUUUAUUUUUCUUAAAUGUCAUUUAAUCUGGGUCUAUUUAAUAUUCAUUAUUAGAAGUAUUUUAAAUCAAGAUUAGAAUAAUUCAUUUUUAUUAAUAAUAGUUGUAUUUCUAACAAUAAAUUAAAUAUAAGUUCAUAAUAAUUAGGAGGAGAAUAAUUAGUUGUUUUAAAAAAACAUUUUUAUUAUAACAAUUCAAAUUCUCAAAAUGGAUAAGUUUCUAUAUCAAAUGUCAAUUAUCAAAUACAAUAAUCGUUAUUCAUUCAUAAUAAUGCUUUAUAAAAAGGAGGAGCUAUUUAUAUCUAAAAUUCUCCUUUUUAUGUCAUAAGUUCAGUGAUAUCUGAAAAUAAGGCAUAUUAAGGAGGUGGAAUAUUUAAUGAUAUUAUUUUAAAGAAAGAUCGAAUCAAUUCAUUAUAAACAACUUUAUUUUUUAAUAAUAAAGCUAUUUAUAAGACAAAUAGUUAUGGACAAGAAUAUUUUUAAUUAAAAAUUGAUACAAAUCAAAAGAUUAAUUAAUUAUUUAAUAAAUCAAUUUAAAACAAUUAAACUUCUAAAAGAGGAAACAUAUUACUUCAUCUUCCAAGUGGUUAAUCAUUAUAAUCUUAUAGAGAAUUUGAUAUGAAGAGUCUUACAUUUAGCAAUAAUUCAAUAAAUUUAUAAUUCAAAAUUUAAAAUUAUUUUUAAGAAGAUUAAACAUUAACUAAUUUGUCAAUUUUAUGUGAUAUUCAAUAAGAUUUAUUGAAUGAAAAUUUUAAAAUUGUACAAACUAAUUUUUCCUUUACUUAAAUACAAUUUAAUACUGUGGAAAGCUCACUUAAUUUAGAAAAACUAAUUUUCAUUUUAAAUCCUUAUUAAAAUAAUUAUUUAUAAGUAGGAAUUAGUUGUGAUGCAAUUGAGAAUAUAAAUUAUAAAUUUACUUUUUAUGUUAAAACAAUUAAAUGUUAAAUGGGAGAAUACUUCUAAGAAGAUUAAUGUCUUGCUUGUAAUUCAUCAAAAGGCUAUUACAGUGUAAAUCCUCUUAUUGGUUCAUGCUAAAAAUCGAAUCCUUAUUAUAUAAGAAAUCAUACUGAAAAUUUAAUAGAUUUAUAUCCAGGAGUUUGGAGAUAUACUUUAUAUUCUUCAACAUUAGAAUUAUGUUCUAAUUAACCAAAAAAUUGUCUUGGAGGUUGGAAAUUCGGAGAUGAUACAUGUUUAGAAGGUACUAUUGGAGCACUUUGUCAAGAAUGUGAUCUAUACAAUACAAGAGGGUUUGGAAGAUAUUCAAAAACUAGAGAAUAUACUUGUUUACUUUGUGGCAAUUAGGGAUUAAUAUUAAUAGAAUUCUUCUUUGUUUUUAUUUGGGUCUUAAUUUAGAUUGGUUUAACUGUUAAAAGUACCUAAUUAUAGAAUUAAAAAUUUCUAUAUUGCAAAGCUUAAACCAAAAUGUAUGAUAUAAUUGUGAGAUUAUCUUAAGGUAUUAAUCUAUUUAUAUUUUAGAUUAAUCUGGAACUGUAAUUAAAUUGAUUAGUAAUUAUUUUUAGAUUGUAUUAGUAGUAUAUACAUUUUAAUUGAAUUUUAUCUCUAAUAUUGAAGAUGUAUUUAAAUUUGUUGGAAAUUCAACUUAUUCUACUACAAAUAAUUUUGAUUGUUAUCUCUCAUAAUUAGAUAUAGAUUAUAUCUAUAUAAAUCUUGCCUUUAUUGUUUUUAUACAAAUAAUUCAAUAUUUAUUGUAUAUUACACUUUCAUUUGUACUUUAAAAAUUGUAACUCAACAAUUUCACUCAAGAAACAUUAUAUUCAUCCUUCUUUUAUUUAUAUUUAUCAGGCUUUUUAAAUUUAAUUAAAGUGUAAAUAAUUUCAUAUUUAUUUUAGUCUAUCUUCUUUAUUAACACCAAAGAUGUAUGGAGAAUAGUAAUGGAUAAGUGCAAAUGUUUCACAUUAAUAUUGGACUAAUGAUCAUUAAAAAGCAGUUUACAUUCUUAUAUUACCUUUGUUGAUUUUUUCUGGAUUUAUACUUCCUUUAAUUUUAUUUAUUACUCUCAAUCAAAAUAAGAAGAAUUUUAAUAAUUAUUCAAUAAAAUAAAAAUUUGGUUAUCUAUUUAAUGAGUAUUCAAAAAGAUUUUAUUUUUGGGAGUUAAUAAGAGUAAGUUAAAGACUAUUGUUAACUUUGAUUAUUGUAUUAUUAUAAGAUUUUAUUAUUACUAAAGGUAUCUUGUUAGUUGGUUUACUUUUUACUUAUUACCUUAUGUUUAACAUUAGUAAACCUUUUAAUGUGGGAAAGUUAAAUAAAUUUGAAAAAGAAUGCUUAAUACUAUGCAUCAUAUCUUUACUAUUAUGCUUAAUUUAAUUUUCAAUUUAAGAUAAUUCAGCUGUUUUAAAUUACAUCAUCCAGGUUUUAAUUUUAAUAUCAUUACUUUAUUUGGUUUGUUAAUGUGCAAUGAAAUUUAUAUCUGUUCAUAUAUCAAAAUAUGAAGUAUUCUUAGAUACCAUUAGGAUAAUAAUUUAGAAAAAUAUAAAAAUAGAAUAUAUUUUAAAAUCUAAAUAUCUAGAGUUGAGUACUGAAAGAAAGAAUAGAAUUAAACGAUUAUUUAUGAAAUUGAAAGUCUAAACAAAUAAAAAACAAAUAUAACCUCCUUUGUUUACACAUUUAGUUUCAGACUAAAGAUUUACUCAAGUAUCAGUAGAGAGUGAGAAAAGCUAAAAAACAAGACUUAUUUGA